CGAAUCCGGUCACGUGUGCGUGCGCGCGGGGCGGGCGGGGCUGCGCUUCCCGGCGGCGGCGAGGAUGCGGGUGAAGGUGCUGAGCCGGAACCCCGACGACUAUGUCCGCGAGACCAAGCUGGACCUGCAGCGCGUUCCAAGAAACUAUGACCCUGUAUUACAUCCAUUUGAGGUCCCAAGAGAGUACGUAAGAGCUAUGAAUGCAACAAAGCUAGAACGUCUGUUUGCAAAACCCUUUCUUAGCUCUCUUGAUGGCCACAGAGAUGGAGUUAAUUGCAUGGCCAAACAUCCAAAGAGUUUGUCUACAGUGCUGUCUGGAGCUUGUGAUGGAGAGGUUAAAAUUUGGAACUUGGCCAAACGACAGUGUAUUCGUACUAUACAAGCCCAUGAAGGCUUUGUUCGAGGCAUGUGUGCUCGUUUCUGUGGUACAUCAUUCUUUACUGUUGGCGACGAUAAAACUGUGAAGCAGUGGAAAAUGGAGAGCCCGGAAUAUGGAGAAGAAGAAGAACCUAUUCAUACAAUUCUUGGAAAGACAGUGUAUACAGGAAUUGAUCACCACUGGAAGGAAGCUGUUUUUGCCACCUGUGGCCAUCAAGUGGACAUUUGGGAUGAGCAAAGAACGAGUCCCAUGUGUUCCCUCACAUGGGGUUUUGACAGCAUAAGCAGUGUAAAGUUUAAUCCCAUUGAGACAUACCUUUUGGGCAGCUGUGCUUCUGACAGGAAUAUUGUGUUAUAUGAUAUGAGAAAAUCAACUCCAUUAAAAAAGGUUAUCUUGAACAUGAGGACAAAUACACUGUGUUGGAACCCCAUGGAAGCCUUCAUUUUUACUGCAGCAAAUGAAGAUUACAACUUGUAUACUUUUGAUAUGCGCUAUCUUGAAUCACCUGUGAUGGUGCAUAUGGAUCAUGUGUCUGCUGUUCUUGAUGUGGAUUAUUCACCCACUGGGAAAGAAUUUGUCUCUGCCAGCUUUGAUAAGUCCAUCCGCAUUUUUCCAGUAGACAAAGGUCACAGCAGGGAGGUAUAUCAUACAAAGCGAAUGCAGCACGUCAUCACUGUAAAAUGGACUUCAGAUAACAAAUAUAUUCUCUGUGGUUCAGAUGAGAUGAAUAUUCGGCUGUGGAAAGCUAAUGCUUCUGAAAAACUGGGAGUGCUCGCACCACGAGAGAAGGCAGCUAUGAAUUACAAUCAGAAGCUGAAGGAGAAGUUCCAGUAUCACCCAAAGAUCAGACGCAUAGCUCAACACCGGCACUUGCCUAAGAGCAUAUUUAGCCAGAUCAAGGAGCAGCGCAUCAUGAGAGAAGCUCGUCGGCGAAAGGAACUGAAUCGUCGUAAGCACAGCAAACCAGGAUCUGUGCCAUUUGUGUCAGAAAAGAAGAAACAUAUUGUGGCAGUAGUGAAAUAACUGUUUUCAUCUGUGCAAAAUGUCACAAUGAAAGAAAAUGUCACUACUGAAUGAAUCCACAGUACCUAAUUUGAUGGACAUUGGUAAGAUGGUGUAUGGCUCCAGAAACAUGGCCUUUCUUCCAAGUAUACACGUGCUCUGAUGUCUGCUUUGGGUAGUUCUGAGAAUUUGCCCUGUAAUUUUUUAUUGCUAUUUGUGUGUCUGACGUUACUGGCCCAACACUGUAUAUUGCAGUGGAGUUUGACCCUUCUCAUAUAAGCAGAUGAUGUGGUAGUUGGUGGAGGAUAUCUGUAGUUCUAAUCCUGCUCUGUGGUACUCCUACUAAAAAAGAACCUUGAACUUUAUUCAAAUUUGUCAGAGGCAAAAAAACCCUUUGUUCCAAAACUAAUCAAGUAAGCAAGUGACCUUAAAGCAAUGAAAUAAAUCUUGAUUAUUCCAACUGACAAAUAUACUGCGUUUUACUUAUUACAGUUCAUUCUUUUAUUGAAAAGGAAUUCAACAGAAAUGUCAGACAUCUGUAAACAUAUUUAUAGUUUUGUUCUGUCUUCUUAACAAUUGUUAUAUGACUUGACAAAACUUGAGACUAUUGCUAAUACUGUGACGUAGUUGAAUAAGUAUAUUUUCCCUUUAGCUUAUUUAAAACUUCUAAAAUCUGGAUGAAAGAUGGGAAAUCACAUAAAAGCCGGAAACUUCUUUAGAUGAAAUUUAUUAUAAACCUUGUAUUUUAAGUUUAUAUAAAAAAAUAAAAGCUUCAGAUUUCACAAGA